AUGACGCCCACGGCCACUUGGUAUUCAACGCCCAGCGGCCACUGGUCUUCAAGGCGCACCGGCCACUUGUUCAACUCCCAACGGCCAUUGUUCAACUCCCAACGGCCCACUUGUUCAACGCCAACGGACCACAUUGUUCAAACGCCCAACGGACCACUGUUCAACUCCCUUAACGACACUUGGUUUCCAUACGCCCAACAGUGCCCACUGGUUUCAACUCCCAACGGCUACUUUGUUCCAAAACCAACGGCCACGUUGUUCAACGCCAACGGUCCAUUUGUUCACUGCCCAGCGGCCACUUGUUCAACUCCAAACGACCAACUUUGUUCAACUUCCCAACGACCACUAUGUUCAUAUACGGCCCAUACGCGCCACUUGUUUCAAACUCCCAAACGUGCUACUUGUUUCAACAACCAACGGCCACUACUGUUUUCUUCAGAACAAAAGCUAUACUGCCCAACGGCCAUUUGUUCAACGCCCAGCGGCCACUUGUUUCAAACUCCCACGUACCUACUUGUUCAAACUCCCUACGGCCACUGUCAACCCCAACGGUCCAUUGUUCAACGGCCCACGCGCCACUUGUUCAACUCCCAAAUUACUCGACCACUUGUUUCAACGUCCAAACGGACCACUUGUUCAACGCCCAACGGCCACUUGUUCAACGACCACUUUGGUUCAACUCCCAACGGCACUUGUUCAAUUCCCACGACCACUUGUUCAACGUCCACGGCCAGCUUGUUCAAUUCCCAACGGCCACUUGUUCAACGCACACCGACCACUUUGUUUUUCAACGCACCACGCCACUUGUUCAAACGCCCAACGACCCACUUGGUUUCAACGCCAACGCGACCCACAUUGUUCAACGCACACCGACGCACUUGUUCACGCACACGGGCGACCACUUUGUAUCAACGCCCAACGACCACUUGUUCAACGCCCAACGACCAGUUGUUCAACGCCCACCGACCACUUGUUCAACGCACACCGACCACUUGUUCAACUCCCAACGGCCACUUGUUCAACGCCCAACGACCACUUGUUCAACGCCCAACGGCCACUUGUUCAACGCCCAACGACCACUUGUUCAACGCCGCCAACGCCACUCUGUUCAACGCCCACGACCACUGUUGUCAACGCCCAACGGGCACCUUGUUUCAAACGCCACUUGUUCAACUCCCAACGACCACUUGUUCAACUCCCAACGGCCACUUGUUCAACGCCCAACGACCACUGUCUCACGCGCAACGGCCAUUUGUUCAAAACGCCCACGACCAACUUGUUCAACCGCCCAACGACCCUUGUUCAACGCCCACGGCCACCUUGUCACACGGCCCAACGACCACUUUUCAAAACGCCCAAGGCCCUUGUUCAACCGCCAACACCACUUUUCAACCUCCGCAACGCCACUUGUUUCAACGCCCAACGACCACCUUGUUACAACGCCCCAAACGACCACUUGUUCAACGCACACCGACGCACUUGUUCACGCAAUCGCACCACUUGUUCAACGCCAAGCGGCCACUUGUUUCAAACGCCCAACGACCACUUGUUUCAACUCCCAACGGCCACUUGUUCAACGCCCAACGACCACUUGUUCAACGCCCAACGACCACUUGUUCAACGCACACCGACCACUUGUUCAACGCACACCGACCACUUGUUCAACUCCCACCGGCCACUUGUUCAACGCCCAACUUGUUCAAACGCCAACAACACUUGUUCAACUGGCCAACGCCCGACCACUUGUUCACGCACCCCGACCACUUGUUCAACGCACCCCGACCACUUGUUCACGCCACCCCGACCACUUGUUCAAACGCCACGACAAUUUGUUCCAACUCCCAACACACUUUCAACCGCAACACAACCACUGUUCAACGCAGCCCAAGACCUUGUUCAACGCAACCCCGAACCGACUUGUUCAAAGCGCACCGGCUGACAUACUUGUUCAAGCGCCAACCCCGACCCACUUGUUCAAGCGCCCAACAACCACUUGUCUCAACGUCCGACGUCCGACCACUUGUUCAACGCCCAACAACCACUUGUUCACCGCACCCUGGACGCACUUGUUCAAGCGCACCCGACCGACUUGUUCAACGCCCACUUGUUCACGCCCAUUUGUUCAAUGCACCCCGACCACUUGUUCAACGCGCAACGAAGCCGAUUGAACAGAAGGCCGAGCACAUUCCGAGACGCUAG